AUGGCCCUCCGUCUCCGCAAAGCAUGCGACUACUGCCACCAGUCCAAGGUCAAAUGUAGCGGCCGCAGCCCGUGUGUGCGCUGUGAGGAGCUGCGUGUGCCCUGCCAUUACGGCCAUGUUGGGCGCAUCGGCAAGCCCCGCGGGUCGCACAACCGCAAAACCCUCGAGAAGGCCCAGCGGCUGCGCGAAGCCAAUGCCCUGCUGAGCCCGGAGGGCAGUCAUAUUACGUCAACCGGAUGCAGCAGUCCAGUGAAUCCGGAAUACAGCAGUACAUGGGCAACCGUCAACCUGACGGACAUGACGGACAUGCCAGGUCUGGGCCCGUACUGGACCCCGACAAGCGAAUCACCAGGGUACGUUGGCGAGAUUUCUGCAGUAGGGGAGCUCCAGCCAGGGGAGACGAUGGACAGCCUCGUCUUUUCCAUUGGAGACGGCAGUAAUACCACAGGUACUACUAUUGAGCGAGGCUUGGCACCGCGCCAUCAUCGGAUCGGGUCGGGCGCGGGGCCGUCUUCGGCUCCGUGUGGCGGCGGGAGCAGCGCGGGCGGCUGUGGGGGCGGCUGCGUGCAUGUGGGGCUGGACACGAUGGCCCAGCCGAAAAGGGAAGAAAUCAGCGAAGACUUCGACCGCGCCAUGCAGAGCACGAGUGCCGUGUGGGCUGCAGCCAGGGCGCUGCUGGCCUGUGAGCGCUGCUGCACCCUCCCGCAGCCUGUUUUCCACCUGCUGUGGGCGAUUCGCCGCGCCUGUCGCUGGCUGAAACGCGUCGACGACUCCCAGAUGACCACUGCCACCGCCCAGAUCGGCCACUACACCGUUCCUACACGCCACCUGCCUGGCGUCUACAAGCUGUUGGUCCAUCUAACCCUGCAGGACGGGGUGGAAGUGCUGCAGGCCCUGCGCGAGCGGCUGGCAGCCCAUGUCGUGCUCGACGCUGAGGGAGAGGCGCUGCAGCUUACGGCAAACGAUGUGCGAUAUCUGCACGCUGCGCUGGGGGAGUGCCAGGAGGGGCUAUGUGGGUUAAGAGAGCAAUGA